GAAUGCGUCCAAGAUCAAGAUCACCAAAUUUUCAAACUGAAGCCACUACUAGUUACAAUAACGCUAAUAUGUUGUCUGAUCAACUUUUAGGAAAUUUAGAAGCCAAAAUUCCAUUGGUUAUGAUUAUUUUAGCUUUGCUUCCAGGUGUUUUGAUGUUUAUGAACUUCUUAUUGUCUUCGAGGAAUGGUCAUCCCAAAAUAGAAAAACAAAAUUACCAACCAGUAAAAUAUAUUGGUAUACCUUCUAAUGUAACAACUGAGUUAAAUCAAGUUACCAAUAUUUUUCAUGUCACAAAAGAAUUCGGAUUAGCAUCAAUGGGUGGAUUAGGUCAUAUAGUUACAGGAUUGUCACAAGCACAAACUGCUAAUAGUGCAUUGGAAGUGAAUGUAAUCAUGCCUUACUAUUCUUUCUUGAAGUCACAUCAUGACAUUCAUGGUUUUGCUCAAAUGUCAAUUGAUAUUCAAGAUGAAUAUGGGAAUUCAGAACAGGUUGUGUUUACAGUAUAUCAAUUUUUUUGGAAUAUAACUCAAGAUGACGAUGUAUUGAAUGACGAACCACCACCAGAGCCAAAAGCUAUAAGGGUUUUUGCAAUAGGUCAUAGUAAAGGUGUGGCACCUUUUAAUUUAGCCUUUAAAUCAAGAAGAGUCACUGAUAUAUAUUCAUCACCACCAAGUUUACCUCAAGAAUGGAGGGAUUUAUAUUUUUGCAAAGCUGCAGCUGAAUUAAUAGCAUAUAUAACCAAUAUUGUUGAUACUCCUUUAUUUGAUACUCAAGAAGAACAUGGUGUUGAUAUUGUACAUAUUCAUGGUACUACAAAUGCAUUGGUAAUUGAAUUCCUUAAGGAUUUAAAUAAAGAAAACAACAGAUUUGGUAAACCACCAUCUGCUAUUGUUUAUACUUUACAUGAUUAUUUGGAAGAGCAAUUGUACUCAAAUGAAGUUGUAAAUAUUUUAAAAUUUAUGGAUUUAAAAGAUUACACAACUGAAAAGCCAAAUUAUUUUCAUAGUUCAAGAAUGUACACAUCAUCAUUAGCAAUUGAUCAAGCAGAUUAUGUCACAUUUGUUUCAUAUACAAUGGCUAAAGAAAUGGUGGAAGGACCGAUGGAUUUCUAUCUUAAAGAAUUGAUUAUGCCUAGUAUACUGGAACGUGCUAGUACAGGAAAUUGGAUUGGCAUAACUAGUGGUAUUGAUCUUAUAAGUUCUAAUCCAUUUAAUGACAUAUUAUUAAUUGAAACCAAUUCCAACUUUCCAAAAAACAUUAAUACAUUCAAUCCAAAUAUCCUUGUUCAUGGAAAUAUUGAAGAACAUUUUAAUAACCUGGUAAUUUAUUCAAAAUAUAGUGCAAAAAAACAUUUGAUUAGGGAAGGUCUUUUGAGAGAAGAAGAUUUGAAUCGUGUGAUUGUGUUGUUUGUAGGUAGAUUCCAAUAUAAUAAAGGUGUACAAUUUUUACGUGAUGCUGCUCAAAUUAUUUCACAAUUAAAUGCUAAAUUUAUAAUAAUGGGACAACGUAAUAGUUAUCCUGUGGGAAAAGUUAUCAGCAUAAGUAAAGAGUACCCAGAUAAUGUUGUGGUUAUUAGUGAUUUUGAAUUUCAACAAAAUUGGGGUGUUUUGUAUAGGGCUGCUGCUGAUAUAUUAUUUGUGCCUAGCAUAACAGAAAGCUUUGGAUUAGUGGCAGUUGAAGGUUUAUUAUUUGGAACUCCAGUGGUUAGUACAGGUGUUGGUGGAUUAAAGGAAUUUUUAAAAAAUAAAACACAUAAUAUACCAUCAUCACCAUCAGAUGAUUUGGAUUUCAACUAUAAUUCAUAUUUGUUUAAUAUAUACGCAAAUGAUAUGCUUGAUUUAUCAAUUGAGGAAAUGAGAUUGGCUUUAAGUACAGCCAUCAAUGAUAUAAAAGAAUUGUCACAUGAUAUUAGAGGCAAAGAAAUAUUUUCGAGGAAAUUGAUUAAGGAUGCCUUAAGUUUAGAUUGGAAUAAAGUUGGUGGAGCUGUUGAUCAAUACACUAAAAUUUAUAAGAUGGCAAUUCAAAAACAUGAAACAUCAUAA